AUGGCCGCUGCUGUCGCGCCGGGGGGCAGUGUCAGUGAGACAGAAACUCCGAGGAAAGACGGGCGAACCACUUGCCGAGGAAGAACUGCUGCAACCGAAGGCGAAGCUGUGCCCAGGAUGACAAGAAACCUGACGCACAAGGAGUCAGAAGCCUCCAGUGACUCGGUUUCUGAUAAUGUGAAGAGCAUUGCAGCAGAGGAGCGGCCCAGACAGACCACUCGAAAGAGGUGGGGGAAGAACAACCCUCUGACGCUCGAGUGUGCGGACGCGGUGGUGAAUGGUCAACACGAGGGAGAGAGCAUGAAGGAGAGCGAAUGCAGGAGGUGUGUUUUCUCCUCAAUCAUCACAUUUUUUCUUUCACUUGCGUUCCUCGCUUGCUUGGCAAUUCCACUCGUGGCUGUUUUUGCCCCCGAUAGUUUGUCAGCGCUUCCCGGUGCGCUGAAGACCGUCGAAAAGCUCCCCGCUUCGCUUUCUUUGUUCGUUGGUUCCUUCUCUGAAAAGCCGGCGCUUCUUGCCUGGUCAUCUGGCACCGAACGCGGUGAGAAACAACCGGAGAACCGCGCUCAGCCGUCUGAGGAAGGCCUGUCUGGUAGCGCGAGGAGAGAUUCCUGGAAGAAGCCAGAAGACACACGCGGAGGAAACACCACAGAAGUGAAGGGCGACACAGGGCCUCAGUCUGCGUCUAGUGAGAAAAACACGCCGCAGAAGAAAAUGGCGCCGCUUGCAGCUCUCCAGUACGAUAUCAUCAAGCGCGGCACAGGCCCCACUUUGCAGAGAGGACAAGCUGCGACAGUCCAUGCGACAGGCAGUGUUCUCAGACCGGAUGGAACCAGCCAGAAGUUCUGGUCCACCAAGGACCCUGGCCAGCAGCCCUUCACGUGGAAAGCCGGACUCGGGCAAGUCAUUGCUGGCUGGGACCAGGGUGUCCUCGGCAUGACCGUUGGCGAAACGCGCCACAUCAGCAUCCCUGCAAGCAUGGGCUACGGCGCGAGCGGCUUCCCAGCAUGGGGGAUUCCCCCGAACGCCGAUCUCCAAUUUGAGAUUGAGUUGCUGCGCCUGCAGUAA